GUCGGGGGGGCGGAAGAUGGCGGACGGCGCGAAGGGGCGAACGGCGGCGGCGGCCGCGGGGAAAGCGCUGACGGCCGAGCAGGUCGUGUCUCGGUUCAACCGGCUGCGGCAGGAGCAGCGCGGGUUGGCCUCGAAGGCGGCCGAGCUGGAGCUGGAGCUGAACGAGCACAGCCUGGUGAUCGAGACGCUGCGGGAGGUGGAUCCCACGCGCAAGUGCUACCGGAUGGUCGGCGGCAUCUUGGUGGAGAGAACGGUCAAGGAGGUGCUGCCGGCGCUGGAGGGCAACAAGGAGCAGAUCAGCAAAAUCAUCGAGUCGCUGACUCAGCAGCUGCAGGCGAAGGGCCGAGAGCUCAACGAGUUCCGGGAGAAGCACAACAUCCGUCUGGUGGGGGAGGAGGACCCCCGGCAGCCCCCCCGGGAGGGGGCUGAGGGGGCCAAGGGUGGCUCUGCGGGGGUCCUGGUCUCGUAGCCCCCCCAUUUCACACCCCCCUCAUUACUCAGUGUUGCUCUGUGUGUGUGUUUUGUUAAAUAAACGUGGUUUGGUUUUUUUC